GAGAGAGAGAGAGAGAGCGGGGGGGGGUGUUUCCCGCGGUGAGAAGAGGUGCGUUGACGUGGACACAUGGAGAUGAUGGGGGAACGCGUGUAGAUGGGUCGAAGUACAUCGCCGAUGGUAAUGGGGUCCAACGGGAGGCGGGGCGGGGAAGAGCCGCCGCCACGGCUGCGCGGGAGAACGCGCAGCCCGUCUCCGCACAGGAUUCACAGUCAGCAGCGCAGGAUCUACGGGGACGAUGACGAGUGCGGCUCGGUGCGCGAUGACAGACGCCGAGAUGGCGGGCAAGAGUGUGCGGGCGGGAACAACUGCAGUGGGGGAGGGAGGAGCGGCUAUGCUGUGGGCAGUGGGAGCGCGAUCGUGCCGCCGGGGGCGGUCGGCGGGAGAGAUGACCUCCGCAAUGGCCACGCGCAUGGUCGCAGCCAUAGCGGGAGCCGAUCUCCAAAGCGGCGCGCGGUGACGCUAUCGCCGCCUUGCUCACCGCACCGGGAUCGCGAUCACGAGGGCGAUCAUGAUCGCGAUCGGGAUGACGAUCGGAUGGUUGACAGCCGCUCGCCGACGAGGUCGUUGAGAAGACCGGAGGGGAAAGCGGAGGCGCCGGGGGAGGAUGGGGAAGGGGAGACGCUGGGAGACAAGCUACGCAAGUUCUCCGAAAGAACUUAUUACAGUCCCCCGCGCGCUCGCCGGGGGAGCCCCACUUACCACCCCUACAGGAAAUCUCGCUGGGAUUCUGAAUCGCGGCGGAGGAGGGAGGAGAAUGAAGACAGCGAUGAAGACAUCAAGGCCUUGGAAUAUUCUGAGUACAGACGCAUCAAACGGGACCGACUGAGAGAGAAGAUGAAGUACAGCAUAUGGAGAAUCACUCCGAGCCCUCCAAGGGGCAGGGAGGCGGGACCAAAAGAGCGGAGCGAGAUUGGCAGGUUGGAUUCCCCAGAGGUUGGGAGACAGGUGGAAAACAAGAAGGACCUGGACAACGCGUCAGGAAAAGGGGAGAGGAAAAAGCCUGAAGGCGCUGGCAAAGGGGGAGGAGAAAAGGGGGGAGCAGGAGGGGGUAAAGAAGACAGCGGUGGUGGUCGUAGGAAAGGGGGGGGGCAUGAUGACAAGGAACAUACCGGAUUGUUUUCCUAUUCAGGAAAGAAGUCGGGGAGCUUGUCUCCGAAACACAAGAGCUCAACAAGGUCCUGCACUCCGACAGCAGAGGCAGAAAUGCGCGGGAACGUGAAUAAGCAGCAGCAGCAGGAGGAGGAGGAGGAGGAGGAGGAGGAUGGACGACGGAAGGAGGAAAAGGGGAGGGAGAAGGAGAAUGGGGGGGUUGUAGGUAGUGAGAAAAAGAAGAAGAAGCGGCGGAAAUCGGCGGAGGAGGCAUUGCGGCGGAAGAAGAAGGGUUCCCAUGAGGGGGGAAAGAAGGUGGGCAAAUCGACAAGGAAGAGGGAAGACACAAGUGCGAGUGACGAUGACAGCGCUGGCGGCAAGAAGAAGGCAUCUACAAAGAAGCACGGAAGUAGUCGCAGGAGCAAGCACAGGAGGAGGAGGAGGAGAAGUGAUGACAACGAGACGGAGAGUACAGGCGGAAGCUCUUCAAGCAGCGAAACUAGGAGUACAGGCGCUUCUACCAACAGCGACUUGAACUCUGAUUCUGACGCCUCCAUAGAUCGAGAUGAGGCCAAGAAUAGAAAGGUGAAGAGGACAGGAAAUGGCAAGCGGAGGAGAUCCGAUAGCAGACGCAGUAGGAGGAAGAAAGCAGGUGGGGGUGGGAGAAAGAAGAAGCAAGAUAAGGGAUCAAGCAAGAUAAGGUUGGAGACAAAGCCCAGGCGAAAGAAGCGCAGGCGGAGGGGUGGUCUCUCCUCCUCCUCCUCCUCCUCCUCCUCCCCAAGUGACGACGCGGGAGAUUCGCGAUCCGACGAUUCGUUGACAGACUACUCAUCAUCAUCAUCAUCAUCAAGCGGAUCGUCGGAAUCGUCUGAGUCAGAUGGUGACGACAACAAAUCUUUCGAUGCUGCUGCUGCUGAUGAUGGAGGGGUGAAAGAUAUGGAUGAGGUGGAGAUAGACGAGGCGCAGAGGUUCAAGGAGCUGCUGGCGGCGCAGAAGAGAGCUGCUGCCAUGGAAGACGAGCCCAUGGUGGGGCCGAUGCCGCUGCCCAAGGCUGACGGUCAUAUAAGCUAUGGAGGGGCGCUGCUUCCCGGUGAAGGAGAUGCCAUGGCUCAGUACGUGCAGCAGGGAAAACGUAUCCCCCGUCGUGGAGAAGUGGGGCUGUCCGCGGAAGAAAUUUCCAAGUUUGAAGAGCUGGGGUAUGUGAUGAGUGGAAGUAGACAUCAAAGGAUGAACGCCAUUCGUAUAAGAAAGGAGAACCAAGUGUACAGUGCGGAAGACAAGAGAGCGCUCGCAAUGUUCAAUUACGAGGAGAAGGCGAAGCGGGAGCACAAGGUCAUGUCAGAUCUGCAGCGGUUGGUGCAGAAGCAUAUUGGGCAGGACGUGGGGCCAUCUCAUGACCCCUUCUCGCUCAAGCCAGCAGCAGGGACGGCGGAGACGUGAGAGAGCGCAGGGGGAAAGAAAGAAAAGAUAGAGUCGGUGAAGCCAGCAGCAGAGGGGGGGGGGGGGGGGGGGGGGGGGGGGGGGGGGGAGGGGGGGGAUGGGUGCAGGAACGUGAGAAGAGUGGACGUAGGAAGAAGAGAAAGAGGAGUCGGUGAAGCCAGCAGCAGCGGACUGAGAGAGCGCAUGGGCGAAGAAGACAGAGUGUCGGUGAAGCCAGCAGCGGAGUCGGUGAAGCCAGCAGCAGGGGAGUGAGAGAGCGCAUGGGCGAAGAAGAUAGAGUGUCGAUGAAGCCGGCCGGCAGCAGAGGGACUCCGCAGAAACGUGAGAGAGCGUAUGUGGGAGGGAAGAAGAUGUAGAGUGGGUGAAGAAGCUAGCAGCAGGAGGACUCUGCGGAGACGUGAGAGAGCGCAUGGGGGAAGAAGAUAAGAGUCGGUGAAUCAGUGAAUCCAGCAGCAGCAGGGGAUGGGUGCAGAAACGUGAGAGAGAGAGAGCGAAUGUGGGAGGGAAGAAGAACGAGUCGAUGACGCUAGCCCGCAGGGACUGCGGGAGGGACUGCGGGAACGUGAGAGCGCGCAUGUGGGAAGAUGAUCGUGGACUGUCUGGAGAGUUGGACGUCUUUAAGGACACUGCAAGAAACGUGAGAGAACGCGUGUGGGAAGAUGAUCAUCUAGGGUUGUGUCUGGAGCUGGAAAUGAUCCCAAUACCUUUUACAAUGUGCGAUCAGUCGCAAUGUAUUUGGUGCGGUAAAACAGUCCAGAUACGUGUCGGAUGUUGAGUAGUGCAGCCGCGAUGCCGCCGAUAGUCUCCUCGCAGUCGUCUUUGUCUGCAUCGCAGUCUGUGAUGACAUGGGAGCGGCUGAACGACUCCAAAGAGACUAUCUUCGACUGCCAUGCGCCGCCAUGUCAUCGCAGUCUGUGAUGACAUGGGAGCGACUUUUCAGUCCCAAUACAUUUUCAGUUGAAAAUAGCCUAUCUUCGCACAACUGCCAUGAGGCCGCCUGAUUACGAUGACACACACUGCUGAUGUGGUCGUCUGACGUGUACAGAACUCUCCCGUGCGCAUGAGCAUGCGCAUGCCAGGUACGGCACCACGGUCGCACAAACUGUUGACAGUGACAGUCCAUUUUCUGCGUCAGCGGCGUGGCACGUUCUUCUAGAGCGACAGGGAAUUGAACUCGGAUUCUGACGACUCCCAAGGUCGCACAAACCGUUGAUGUCGGUGGUUGGAUGUGUACAGAGCGGUCGCACAACAAACUGUGGAUGUCGGUUACUUCGAUGUGUGCAGAGCUUCAGUUCUACCAGGGUAAUCUGAAUUGCCACGUGUCAGCAACAUAAUCACAUCAAACACCAUUUA